AUGUCAUAUACAUUCAACGUCUCAUACAAUAAAGUCAACAAGAAGGUGACAUGUGCACGGUCAGCUACCAUCAAUGACUUAGCUCUGGCCAGCAUGGCCAAAUUUGCCGUGUCUCUGUCUAAAAAUGGUUCCCUUUCCUCUAGUGGCAAGAAACUUGAUGGACUUCUACCUAUUCGCCUCAGUAAUCUCGUGAAUAACGCCAAAUUGGAGCUCUCUGUUACUGGUGGAGACGUUGAGAUCACAUUGAAGGUUGUGGCCUCCAUUGGCGACGAAUCAAUAACUAAAAUCGUGAAGUUGGCAUCUUCAGCAACGCUAGCGGCAUUGGUCGAAGCGUUUAGGGCCAGCGCAGGGAUUGGAGCCGAUUGGAGCGAGAAGCGUGUACAAUUGAGUGUUUUACAGGCCAACAAAGACAACUUAACCAGCGAUUUUUCCCAGAUCAGCGUGUCCAAUGUGGUUGGAUCUGCCACCAAUGCGGUGAUGCGGCUAUUGGUAGAGAAUAAGGAUGCACAGCAGAAAAGAGCCAAGUUGCAGGAAGAACAGCGUGUUCUUAGGCAACAAUUGGAGGAACAGAGGCGUCAGGAGCGGUUGUUAAAGAAGGAGGAGGAGCAUCGGUUGGUUGAGUCCAAGGAUGCGGAGCAUGAACGCAUGGACAUUGAUAGCGAGGUCGAGAAUAGUGAUGGAAUCGAAAGGAAUCAAAUUGAUAAGAUAGGCGCUGAUAGAGUCAAGACUGUGGAGAAGGAGGAAAAACCUUUGAGCAAUAGUGAAGUGAGCUCAUCUUUGAAUAGAUUUGAUUCCACUACUCCUUCUGCCACUGCUUCUGGAUCUGUUUCCGGCUCCCUGCCUGCUCCUGUGUUCCAAGUUCCCGAAGAAAAGGAAGAUACUCUCUAUGUUCCCCACUCCAGAAGUGCCAUCUACGAAAAUCCAGAGGAAGACUACAAUAUGACUUUUGGCCAGGCAGAAAAAUACUACAAAAUCAUCAAGUCAAUGCAAGGUGCCGCCAAUACUAAGAAGGAAGCGGUGGAGAUUCAUAAGUAUGUGAUCAGAAUCAGAUUUCCAGAUCGGUCCUUAUUGGAUCUUCCCCUCGAAGAUCCAUCAUUGAAAUUGGGACAGCUUCUUAAAAAAAUCGACGGAUACGUGGCUGAAAAGUUUAUCAACACAUACAAACUCAAAAAUGGUCUUCCUCCAUUCAAAGAGAUCGCCGUGGGCUUCUCUCAAAACAACAUAUCACUCAAGUCCCAUCCGGACUUUCAGCUGGAGAAAAUUUUGUUGAUCUGGGAGCCUGCGGAGAAGAAUUCUAAGGGCCCUUAUUUGAAAGAGGGAAUCGCCACCAAGGAUGCCAGUGAGUUGCCAACCCUUCAAUUGGAAACUCAUAGAGGAGAAUUGGAUAUGGACGAGGUUAGUGCUCCAAAGCCAGUGGUGAAUACAGAUGGCAAAAAGAAGCUGAGUCGGAUGCCAAAAUGGUUCAAAAAGUAA